AUGUACAAAGGGAUUGACAACCUGAAAUCCCUUUACGACCGUGCCGGGAAGACUUUCUCCGGCGGUCCUUCUGCGGAACAGGAUGUGCCGCGUCGCACUGCUCAACCAGACCCAGUACGUCAACCAUCAGUUGGGAGCGGGGCUCCCAAGUAUACCAGGACGGGGGAUAGCCGCGCCACCCGACGAGGUAACUCGUCCGACGUCCGUUCACAUCGCGGUGGUUCAACAGCUGCUCAAUCAGAUAGCGCUGGCCACCGCGAGAGUCCUCUAAUGGAGGUGGAGAAGGAGGGAAAACGAUUUCCACAAUAUCGUGGGGAAGCGUGUGUUCCCGAGAGCUUCUUUGAUCGCGUAACGCAAGGGUUACGCGGCGAUCUCGAAUAUGAGCGGGACAGGCGUCUCCAACUGGCGGACACUGUCUCGAGGCAUCGAGCUGAGUUUGCUAUUGCUCAGCUUGAGAACGAGAGAGCUCUGACGUCUCUGCGUUACGAGCUAAGGGUAGCUCGUGUGGAUGUGGACCAGUCGCGGGAUGAGAUAGCUGCUCUUCAGACCCUUGUCGAUGGCCACCAUCAGGAGCACAAGGCUCUCUGUGAGAUGCUUGAGCACAAGGGCGUCCUUCAUCGGAAGAAAGUACACAUCAACGCUUCGAGUAUACCACACUAUAUUUAA